GUUGGGUUGGAAACAAAACCCAACGCUUGUUAGGUUUGAAAUCGAAUUUAGCACCUGCAAGAAUACGAGGAUAACACAACAGAUAACAAAUCCAUAAAUAGAUCGAACUCAACAGAUCCAUGAACCCAACGACUGCUGAGUUUGAAACAGAACCCAACAAACAACAGAUUGAUAAACAAAUGGAACUCAACAGAUCCAUGAAUCCAACGGUUGCUGGGUUCAAAACAGAACCCAGUGCCUGCUGGGUUCGAAAUCAAACCCAGCACUUUCGAACCCAGCACCUGCAAGAACCCAACUUGAACACAGUGCCUGCUGGGUUCGAACCCAGCACCUAUGCCUUCUUCAUCUUCAUCCACCUACAAAAACCCAACGGCUGCCUUGCCUUCUUCAUCUUCAUCAAUCAAUUUCUCAUGCAUGCUGGGUUUGGUGGAACUCAGGCAUGCUGGGCAUUGAACCCAGCAUGCCUGGGUUCGACGGAUCCCAGGCGUGCUGGGUUCCGUCGAAGUCGAACCCAGGCGCCGAAGUUGAACCAGGCCGCGCCUGGGUCUAAUUAUGAAUCGAGUUGCCAUAGUCAGCAGUAUAAUUCUUAUCCCAAUACAUGUCAUUUUGAUCCAAACACCUCAUGGAAUAAUGAAGAUAUAUUGGAGCCACAAUCAGGGUUUCAAGCUCCAGAGGAGACAUGUUUGAAUAAAAAUCUGGAGGUCCAAUCAAGUAAUUUGCUCAACUUAGUUGCUGAAGAGAUACAAGGUGAGUUACCUAGUGCAACAAUGAAAAAUCAAGAAGAAGAGGUAAACACCUUACCCUUAGAGAUUGAAGGACAACUUGGAGAAGUAGAAAUUAUGCUUGCAGAAACUAAACAAGAGGAUGUCCCUAUGGAGGAAGAGGAAAAAGCUCAGGUGUCAUUUGAAGUGUUCAAUGGGGAGUCUCCUUUAACCAAAUCUGAUUUUAAUGAUUAUUUUGUUAUUGAUAUGGUUGAUGAGAUUUUGCAGAAAAACACUUAUGAGGAUCCAUUUGAGAUUUACCCUAUUCAAGCAAAGAACUCAAUCAAAGAAUACAUAAAUUGCUUGAACACAUCAUCUUCCUUGGAAUCAAAGGGGGCAUUCCUAGAAGAAUUGGGAAGGCACAUCUAUUGGCCUAAACCCAAACAACCUCAGAACAGUCAUUAGAGAAAAUCUUAUGGUGGAUUCAACUCAAGGGCAAAAAAGCCAAGAUUUAAGAAAACGAGAGGACAUGC